GGGAAUACAGUGCAAAUUCAGACGAGCACAGACGAAGAGUCAGUAGCAUGGGCAAGGCGAAUGCCUGUCUGCCAGGUGGACAGCUGCAGCACCCUCUCUCCGACCUUCUCCUGCAGUCUUGCCUGGCUGCUGGCUUUCAAGUCGCCCUAAGGACAACGUGAACGCCCAGCCGUUUUUUUAUGGUUGGGUUUUAACGACCUACAACACUCUGCAUGCUCGGAGCUAGCAAAGGAUCAGGCAGUUUCCUUCAAUAUAAACUUUUAUAAAACUGAGCCUGAUACAGCGAACGUGAGACAGCACCCCUUAAGCACGCACCAACGUGAUAAAAGUACAGUUUGAGGAAGUCUAAAGCAAGAAAGACCCACCCAGUCUCCGACCACACCACGCCCUCCUAGGGGCGGGGUCUGAGUUAAGCCUUCAGUGAGAACCUUUCCAACUCAUCUCCCCUAAAAAAAAAAACCUGCUUUUAGCUACCCUGCAGCAACUUCUGGGCUACAUAGCUUGCCCUAGGUUCACUGCUCUCCAUCCGGACCGCCACCCUACAGCCACCCAGCCAUGUCGUCCUGCAGCCGCGUGGCGCUGGUGACCGGGGGUAACAAGGGCAUCGGCUUAGCCAUCACAAGGGACCUCUGUCGGAAGUUCUUGGGGGUCGUGGUGCUCACCGCGCGGGACGAGGCAAGGGGCAAGGCUGCGGUGCAGCAGCUGCAGGCGGAGGGCCUGAGCCCGCGCUUCCACCAGCUAGACAUCGACGACCUGCAGAGCAUCCGCGCCCUGCGGGACUUUUUGCUCAAGGAAUACGGGGGACUGGACGUGCUGGUCAACAAUGCGGGCAUCGCCUUCAAGAAUGCUGACCCAACCCCCUUCCACAUUCAAGCAGAAGUGACAAUGAAAACAAACUUUUUUGGUACCCAAGAUGUCUGCACUGAGCUGCUCCCUCUAAUGAAACCCGGAGGCAGAGUGGUGAACGUAUCGAGCAUGGUGAGUCUCAGGGCCCUGAAAAACUGCAGCCCAGAGCUACAGCAGAAGUUUCGAAGUGACACCAUCACAGAGGAGGAGCUGGUGGGGCUUAUGAACAAGUUUGUGGAGGACACAAAGAGAGGAGUACAUGAGAAAGAAGGCUGGCCUAAUAGUGCUUAUGGGGUGACCAAGAUUGGGGUGACAGUCCUGUCGAGAAUCCAGGCCCGGAAACUCAGUGAGCAGAGGAAAGGGGACAAGAUCCUCCUCAAUGCCUGUUGCCCUGGGUGGGUUAGAACAGACAUGGCGGGACCAGAAGCCCCCAAGAGUCCUGAAGAAGGAGCAGAGACCCCCGUGUACUUGGCCCUUCUGCCACCAGAUGCAGAGGGACCUCAUGGGCAGUUUGUUCAGGAAAAACAGGUUGAACAAUGGUGAGCUCAGUUCUCGCCUCUUCCCACAUCACCUCUCCCUCUCGUUGUAUCCUGUUAGUG